AUGUCUACAGAUCUUGAAUUAUUCAGGCAGCUGCCAAUAAUCAAGAUAAAUUCCACACCACAAAAAUCAGAUAUCACAACAGAUAAAGAAGAAAAAGAAGAAGAGAAUUGCCACACCCCAAGAUCUCCCAAGCACAUGAUUCCGACCGCCGUCAGCUGCCCGCCGGCGCCGAAGAAGCGGCGGCCCGCCGCCGCGUGCAAGAGGAAACUAUGUGAGCUGCAGUUCUUUGAAUUUGUGGGCAGAGAAGAAAUCGAAUCUCUCUUCGAAAUUGCUCAGGUGAACUUCAAUAAUCGAUCCACCAAGAGGAAUUGUUUAAUGUGA